AUGUCAAAGUUUAUAAAUACUUGGCCACAGCUAAAUACAUUUAGUACAACUUUGAAGAAGCUCGAUAUAAGGUACAACAGUUUUCAGAGCUUUAUGCCAAAUGAAGAGUUGGGAAUUCUGAGAAAUAUAAAGUAUUUACUUUUGGAUGGGAAUACGUUGGACAAAAACUUUCUACAGAGCAGUGGUGUAAUGCCGUCCCUUAAAGUAUUAUCAGUAGCUAACUGCGGCCUGACUGGAACCCUGCCUAUUCAAGGUUUUUGCAAUCUAAAAUAUCUUGAAGAACUAAGUCUCAGCUUCAACAACUUCCAUGGAAAUCUUCCUCCAUGUCUUGGAAACUUAACAUUUCUCCGGGUAAUUGAUCUCACUCAAAAUCAGUUUACUGGAAAUAUUGCCUCAUCUCCACUUUCAAAUCUCUUGUCCCUUGAAUAUCUUUUGCUAAGAAACAACAACUUUGAAAUCCCAAUUUCAUUCGAGUCAUUUGCUAACCAUUCAAAGCUCAAGUAUGUCAUUCCUGACGGCAAUUCAUUAGUUGUACAAACUUCUACUAGAAAUUGGAUCCCAAAGUUUCAACUGGAAGCCUUGUCUUUGACUAACAACUGCUCUGUAAUACCAAAUUUCCUUCAUUAUCAACAUCAGUUGCGUCAACUUAGUCUAUCUGAUUGCAACAUUGGUGGAAACUUUCCAAAUUGGUUGUUGAAGAAUAAUCCUAGACUUGAAGAAGUUUAUUUGGAUGGAAAUGCAUUUACUGGAUCUUUUCAUGAGUUGUCCUUCCUAAAAUGA